GAAAAUAAAAUGAGGGAAUUGCCGGCCAGAGAAUCUACUCUUUUUAAGCAAAUUCUUGCAAGUAUAUCCUAUAUAGUGAAACACUAUGAGUUUAAGCAGUAUAAAAAAGGGUUAAAAGCUGCUGAACAAAUAUUGAAAAAAUUUCCUGAACAUGGAGAAACAUUGGCUAUGAAAGGAUUAUUUCUUAAUCAUAUGGAGAGGAAAGAGGAAGCGCAUGAAUUCGUUCGCAAAGGCCUUCGAUCUGAUCUGACUAGCCAUAUUUGUUGGCAUGUAUAUGGAUUGUUACAUCGAUCAGAUAAAAAUUAUGGUGAAGCUUUAAAGUGCUAUACUCAAGCAUUAAAAUAUGAUAAGGAUAAUUUACAAAUCCUUCAAGAUUACUCCUUGCUCCAAAUUCAAAUGCGAAAUUAUGAGGCUUUUAAUGAAUCAAGACUUCGUCUUUUGAAAUUAAGAUAUAAUAAUCAAAGAUAUUGGAUUGGGCUUGCUAUAUCUUAUCAUUUGCUUGAAAAUUAUGAAUCUGCUGAAAAAGUAUUGAAAGCUUAUGAGGAUACUUUAAAAGAAAAGCCAGGUCCUAUGAAUUUUGAACAUAGUGAGAUGCUUUUAUAUCAUAAUCUUAUAAUAGAAGAGAGUGGCAAAUUUGAGAAGGCUUUGGGGCAUUUGGAAUCUAUUAAGGAAGAUAUCUGUGAUAUUCGCUCAUGGAAAGAAAAGAGAGCUUUAUUUCUGCUGAAACUUGAAAGAUAUUCAGAAGCAGAAGAAGCUUACAGAGAUUUAAUAGCAGAUAAUCCAGAUUGCUAUAAUUAUUACGAUGGCUUGCUAUCAGCCUUUAUGAUAAAUACUAAUGAGUUGUCUUCUGAACAACGCGAGAAAGUCCUCGACAUUUGUCAAGAAUUGGCCACGAAAUAUCAAAGGUCAAAUCUCAUAAAACGACUUCCUUUACAAUAUGCAGUCGACGAGAGGUUUAAAUUUGAAGUAGAUAAAUACAUGCAAGAAGCGCUUAGAAAAGGUGUUCCUUCAUUAUUUGUUAAUCUCAAAAAACUUUACGUUGAUCCAGUGAAGGAGAUUAUAGUUGAGAAAUUGGUUGAAGAAUAUCUCCAAAAUUUAAAGACGAAUAAAGCUUUCACCAAGAACUCAAUUGGUGACGAAAUUGAACCACCUACGGCGUAUCUUUGGGCCCUCUAUUUAUUAGCUCAGCAUUAUGAUAAUAAACGCGAUACCAUGAAGGCUCUCAAAUUUAUCGAUGAAGCGAUUGAACACACACCAACUUUAGUAGAAUUAUAUAUGACAAAGGGCCGUAUACUCAAGCAUGGAGGAGACCUUAUCAAAGCCAUGAAAGUUAUGGAUGAAGCCCGAGAAUUGGACCUUCAAGAUAGGUUCAUCAAUUCGAAAUGUACGAAGUAUAUGCUCCGAAAUGAUCAACCGAAGGAAGCUAUAAAAACAAUUGGAUUAUUCACUAGAGGUGACGCUCCUGACCCUUUAACGGAUCUUAUGGAUAUGCAAUGUAUGUGGUAUGCACUUGAAGAAGGAGAAUGUUAUAGAAGACAAAAUAAUUUUGGCAAAGCUCUUAAACGCUUCCAUCAAAUCGAAAAGCACUUUGCGGAUAUAACAGAUGAUCAAUUUGAUUUCCAUACAUAUUGUCUACGUAAAGUUACUCUCCGAGCAUAUUUGAGUAUGUUGCGACUUGAAGAUCAGUUACGUUCAAAUUUGUAUUAUUUCCGUGCUGCUCAGAACGCUAUUGAGAUCUAUCUUUAUAUAAAUGAUAAUCCAAAAAUAGUCGAUGGUGAUGAAAGCCAAAACUAUGCAAAAAAAGCCAAAAGCAAGGCCAAAAAAGCUGCACUUAAGGAGGCAAAAAAUGUCACUCCUGCAAAGGAAGAUCAUUCGAAAAAGAAAGCUCAAGAUGAUGACCCAGAAGGCGAAAAGCUUCUUAAGGUAGAAGAUCCUUUAGGAGAGGCAUUUAAAUUUCUUCAACCUUUGCAAACAUUGGCUUCGCAAAGAAUAGAAACACAACUUUUGGGAUUUGAAUACUAUAUUCGUAAAAGAAAAUAUUUACUCGCUCUUAAGGCUCUAAAACGUGCGUAUAAUAUUGAUAAAGAGAAUCCAGUUUUACACUUAAAUAUAAUACAAUUCAAGUUAAAAGUCUCUAAGCUUGAAAAAGAAGAUAACGAUCAAAGGGAUCCAUUACGUAAUGCCACUGAAUACCAAACAAUUUUUAAAGUUAUUGAUACCGAGUUACCAACUAUACUGCCUCAUGAAAUUUCUUUGGUGGCACAUAAUGAAGAAUUUUUAGCUAGAAACAAAGGAUCUGUACCUCAUUUAUUAGCUGGUUCUAAUGUACUAUUGCAACUAAAUCCUGAAUCUAAACAAGAAGCUUCAAGUAUAUUAAUGAAUUCUGUCAAAGACGAAUUCUUGAAUACGAGAACAUUAAAGAAUUGCGUAUUAGUAUACGAGCAACUCAAAAAAGACAAGUUAAAUUCAUCAAAAGCUGAAGAAUUUAGGAAUAAGUGUAAAGAAUUGUUCCCAAUCUCAACUUAUUUUGACGAUCUCAAAAAAUAG